GCAAGAUGGCUGACAUCGCUUGAAAGUAUGUCCCCUUCCUCAACAUGAAGUCGUGAGUGUGGAAGAAAGCGAGGGAGGCACCAUCGGCCGUUUGUUUUUAUUAACUUUUUUUUUCUGCCGUUAAUUUCUCCAAACAUCCAUUUCAUUUCGCGUCGUCUCUGUCCCAGAGUUGUCUUUGAGAGUUGACGCGUCAAGUCACGCCGGGGACCCAGCUAGCUAAAUUAGCCAGCUAGCUACAGCGGUUAACGUUAGCCAGCGAGAUAGCUAGCUAACUAAAUCAUAUUUUCAUAUCCCAUCGGCCAGCUAACUAGCACGUCUCAUUAAUUUGAAAUAGUCUAACGGUUCUAAUAUCAAUAUACUGUCAGAUUAAGAAUUACUCGACCGUCAUGUUCGCCAACUAAUGCGCAACGUUAAUUCGUGUGAAUCAGGAUUAUAAUUUUGGAGUAAAUCAUACCAUUACUAUAGUUAGCCACUAGCCAUCAUCAGUUAUCAACAUUUCAUGUGUUAUUACCUAGCUAGCUAGCUAGUUAGAGGGUUAGUUAAACUUUAGCCGGAGAAUUAGACUAGCUGGCUUUGCUGGCAGUUGACCAAAAUACUGCUAGGGAUGGACACACAAUUGUACUCACACGACCAAAUAUAGAAGAUUGGCUUUGCACACUAACUAGUUAGCUAGCUUUCUUGCUGUUAGGAAGUGCACCUCUCGGCCUGGUCAACUAGCGUGCUAGGCUAGUUAGCCUUUGCAGGGUUGGUCACUCGUAUCAGAGUUGAGGGUGGCAGCAGCUAGGUGCAGCAACAGUUCAGUCAGUCACACAGAGAGAUACGUUAGCUAGCUGCCAGGUUCUAGCUAGCUACAUUCUCGACCCUCACAUCAGCUAUCACCACGGCGUUCCGAACGUACCCGGAGCCCCCCUCCCCUGGCCAGACCCACCGGCUCAACAACACCGGGAUGGGUGUGCAGGGCUUCCAGGAAUAUCUUGAGAAACGGUGUCCCGGGGCAGCUGUCCCCGUGGACCUACUCAAACUAGCCCGUACACCGGGCCGCCAGCCCCCGCACCACCACCCCCAUCACCUCGGCCCUAUACCUCCUCCACCCCCGGCCCGGAUACUCAUCGAUGCUGACUCCGGCCUGCAGCGGCUGUACGGCGGCUACCAGACGGACUGGGUGUGCGGCGGGGAGUGGAACGCCAUGCUGGGAUACCUGUCCGCUCUGUCCCAGGCCUGUCUGUACCAGGGCGGGCUUGAGCUGGUUGUGGUGUUCAACGGCACCCUGGGGAAGGAGCGGUGGCCGGAGUGGGCACGCCGGGCGCAGGGGCAACGCCAGACAGCCCAGCUCAUCGUCAAUCAUGUUGGCAGCAAGGCAACUCCGCCACCCCGUGCUUGGUUCCUGCCCCCAGCCUGCCUCAGCCACUGUGUCCGCCUCGCCAUGUUCCGCUUCAGAGUGCGGGUUGUCCAGACGUUGGAGGACCACCACCAGGAGGUGCUGUCCCUCUACAGGGACUUUGGUUUCUGCGGGCUGAUCGCCCAGGACUCAGAGUUUGCCCUCUGCAACGUGCCCGCCUACUUCUCCUCGCAUGCCCUCAAACUGUCCUGGAACGGCAAGAACCUGACUACCCACCAGUACCUGCUCUCUGAAGCUGCCAGACAGCUGGGUCUGAAGACACAACACCUGCCCUGCUUCACUGCACUGCUGGGCAACCAUAUUCUCCCUGAUGAGGACCUGGCUGCCUUCCACUGGAGCCUUUUAGGACCAGAACACCCCCUGGCCUCACUCAAGGUGCGUGCCCACCAGUUGGUGCUGCCUCCCUGUGAGGUGGUUAUCAAGGCGGUGUCAGAGUACGUCUCCUCCAUUAAAGACCUGGGGAACCUUGACGUUAUCGCCAGAGACGUCUUCAAACAGUCACAGUCUCGUAUGGAGGACAAGGUGCAGCGUUUUAAGAGAGCUGUGGAGUAUUUCUCAGCUGCCUCUAAACCCCGCCCACUCUCCAUGGGAACCUCCCCCUACCUCUUGCCAGGGUUUGGGCCGGCUCCGUUUGGUGGACCUCCUGGCCACAUGGGGGCGAUGCAGACUGUAAAGACGCAGUUCCCCCACCAGGGUGUAAAACCACCCUAUCAGAAUGCUCCGUACGGACCAGGCAACACCUCUCUGUUCCAGAACCACCCACCUCCCCUGCAGGACUGCAACGAUUCACUGGCAGGGAAAAUGGCCUUCACCGAUUGGUCAGCUCCAUAUGACCAGGGAGGAAGUAGAUUACCGAAUCACCAUGCGGCCGCUCCCUCUGGGCCCUCCCCCUCUCCUUCAUCAUCUUCUGAUGGAGAUGAACCAAACGACAGCAGCAACCAUCUGCCAGACAAGUCCUCCAGGUGGGACGAUCCGUCCUGUCGAGGGGGCGGAGGGGAUGGUUCCCACGGUAACAUUCCAUCGCUGUUGUCGAUGGCGACGCGGAGUCACAUGGACAUAACCACGCCCCCUCUUCCUCAAGUCAGCGCUGAAGUGUUGAGAGUAGCAGAACACAGACACCGCAGAGGACUGAUGUAUCCAGAGAUAUACCACAUACUGACCAAGGGAGAGAUAAAGAUGGCGGUGUGUAUAGAAGAUGAUUGUAACAGUGAACUGCCUCCAGCCUCUCUGCUGUUCAGAGCAGCCAGACAGUACAGCUAUGGGGUCCUCUUCAGCCUAGCCGAAACACACCGACGCCUCGAGAGACUCGCCAUGCGCAACAGAGCACCCCUAGACGUUCCUCCAGUGAUAGUGAAGGAGUGGUCCAGUGGGAAGUCGAAGUCGGCCCUGACCCCGGAGCUGGUUCCAGCGCUGUGCUUCAGAGAGUGGACCUGUCCUAACCUGCGAAGGCUGUGGCUUGGUAGAGCCAGUGAAGAUCGCUCCCGGCGGACCAGAGCUUUCCUAGCCUGUCUCCGCUCUGACUGUCCUGCCCUACUCAACCCUGCUCAGGUCCCACAACACCUUCUGCUCAUGUGCUGCGUGCUCAGGUAUAUGAUGCAGUGGCCAGGUGGUCGUAUUCUACAGAGACAUGAGUUAGAUGCCUUCCUGGCCCAGGCAGUCUCUAACCAGCUCUACGAACCAGACCAGCUCCAGGAACUCAAGGUGGAGAAGGUAGAUGGUCGGGGAGUGCAGCUGGCGUCUCUCUUCAUGGCGGGCGUGGACACGGCUCUGUUGGUCAACGAUGUGUGUGGUCAGCCGUUACCAUGGGAACACUGCUGCCCCUGGGGCUUCUUCGACGGGAAACUCUUCCAGACCAAACUGGCCCGUGCCGCCCGAGACCGCCAGGCCCUGCUCGACAUGUGUGAAGGACAGGAGGAGCUGGUGUCUCGUGUGGAGAAGAUGCGUCAGGCCAUCCUAGAAGGCAUCAACUUCUCUCGUCCUCCUCCCCCUCCUCCUCCUCUCCCCCCUCCUUCCUUCCUGCCCCCUCCCCCCUUCUACCCUCUGCCUCCCCUCUACCCCCCCCGGCCCAUGGGCAACAUGCCACACCACCACCACCCUCAACAUCCUCAUCCUCAUCACCACUCACACCCAGCCCAGCACAGACCCAGAGCCUUCCCAGGUCUGCAGUCGAUCCCCCCCCAGGGAGGGAAGUUGGAGAUAGCCGGAAUGGUGGUGGGGCAGUGGGCCGGGAACAAACCACUGCGUGGUAGAGGGGGAUUCAACAUGCAGGUGGUGUCAGUCGGGGCAGGGAGAGGAAGGGGUAAGGACAUCCCAGUGAAAGGAGGGCGAGGAGGUAAAAAGACCUCACCCCCUCCCCCCUCCACCAGCCCCCCCAAGUCCUCUGAGGGUGAGGGUCUUAACUCUGGGGGUGUGGCCCAGAAGCUGAACGGCAGCCCUGCAGCCUCCGCUAUUGGCCAGCCUUUGGAUCUUCCUCCACUGGCCCAGCCAAACCCGUGUGCCUUAGCCAGCAAAGACAACCAAUCAGAGGAGGCCCCUUGUUGCCUUGACAGCUGUCCUUCAGACGGAAUGUAACGAAGGAGGAUUGACUAGGCUUUCCCAGAAUGCACCAGGGUGUUCUGAAAGUGCCGUCUGUGUUCCACUGCCUUCCCCUGUCUGUUAGCCUCGCCCACCAACACACCAACCAGGAAGUCAGAGAGGGGGAGGUGCUCUGCUCAAUCAGUCGAUUUGAUUGAGGUGUUCCGCUAGCCUUUCCCCCCCCUCUCUCUGCUUCUCCGUGUGAUUGGUUUGGCAGAGCAGUAAGCCCAACCCCUUGAUUUUGUCAUGUUUUAUUUUAACGAUGAGAGGUUCUUCUCCAUGAGUCCAUUUUGUCUAAGCCCCGCCUCCGCCCCAUAAAGCCCCGCCCCCAUGGCUGUUGUAGCCCCAGCACACUGCCUCAUGUUGUAAUGAUCCCUCCCUAGUGUUAAAAUUGAUUGUGAAUUGAAAUGGGAUGAUGUGAUCUACACUCCCCUACCGAGGUCCGCACAGUUAGACUUGAACUACAGUGUUUAGUAAUAGUGGGUUUACACACACAGUAACAUUGACAAACACACACUGUUGGCUAGUCUGUUAGUUCCUCGGUUUGGUAGCCAUUAGAAGUGUGUAAAUGUUUAGUUGCCCAGCCGUGUUGAGAGACCCCCUGACCACAGAUGUAAAUUGUUGCCAUAGGGACCUCAUGGCAAGCGGUGUUCCAUGUGAGGUCAGAGAGGAAUAGAGAAAGAGGAGGAUGACCUGGCGUUUGCUACCACCGAUAAUGAUCUAUUAGAGACGCGCCUCUAACCUCCCCGCCAGACCCAUCUGUAUUAGCAACGCUACGUUGUGUUGCUGAUCACAACACUACCUGGGGCGGCAAGUAGCCUUGUGGUUAAAGUGUUGGUUUCGGUUACUGGAUCGAAUCCCAGAGCUGACGAGGUAAAAAUCUGUCAUUCUGCCCCUGAACAAGGCAGAUCACCCACCGUUCCCCGGUAGGCCGUCAUUGUAAAUAAGAAUUUGUUCUUAAUUGACUUGCCUAGUUAAAUAAAGGUUACAUUUAAAUAUAAAAUAUCACCCUGAGCGUCGGUGUGUUAGCAUAGCUUAGCCCCUUCAGUAGCAUUUGCACCGCUAAUGCGUUAGCAUGCUAACGUAGGCCAGAUCCUUGAAUAACAUUAGCACUUACGUUAAUAUGCUAGCAUGCUAAUUUAGCCUAGCCCUGCCGUGUUGAGACCCCCUGACCACAGAUGUAUGUACGCACCUUAACCUGACGCUCCAACGUAUGGAUGCUCUUACCCCUGUAUUAUAUUACUGCAUUAUCCCCUAUGCUCUUAGUGUACAUCCCAAUGGGGAGCACUUACUAAUGUUGCAUUCAUUGUGAUUAUUAAUGACUUGACAGUCUGUCUGAGAGGGUUCCCCUGUGACCUAGGACAUUUCUUUGAACUCUAGAGAUCUACUUUAACAUUAGACACCUUUAGAGACUCCUUUGUGCGUUAAUAUGCCCCUGUUAACAAUAGCUGUUUAAAUGUGAGCAGAGUGGUCUUCAGAAGAGCCUCACUGGAUCCCCUUACAGGUUAAAACCCAGUCAGUACAAACAUGGUGCCACGUCAGGGGUUAGAGGUCAGAGUGCUGCCCCUCUGACUGGCACCACGUCUAAAUGAACCCUAUUUCUUACAUGGUGCACUACUACUCCUGUUCAUCAGAAGCAGUGCAUUAUGGGGGGUAGGUUGCCGUUAUAGACGAGACCUGAUGAAGUCCCAAAGCAUAGACCCACACCAGCCCUGUCAGCUGGCUGGCCAAUCAGGACAGGCCUGGUAGCACCACCUCCCCAACCCCGCCUGGUGAUUGAUUAGCAGUCGCCACGGCGAUAGCACAGCGUUCUAAGCUCUUUAACCAACAAGAAGCACUUCCCCCAAACUACCUAGACAAUCAGCAGGGGUUUGGGGUGGGAACACUUGAAUGUUCUGCCCACAAUCUAAAGAUCCUAAAUAGUUUUAUAAUUAUGAUAGAGGACAAAAUAAGUAUUCCCUUAAUAGGUGUGCUCUGAGAGGAAUCAGAGUAUUGUCUUGUUUUAAUGUUAGUAGACGACAGAGCAGAGAGGAAUCAGAGUAUUUUCUUGUGUUAAUGGCAGAGCAGUAGGAUUGAUCUGUCUGUCUCCUGGACAUCUGUAGAAAUAACAUGGACUGAAUCAACUCAACCAGCGUAGGGACGUGGAUGCUGCCCAAAGGACUCCUAGUCCUUCUACUGCACUACUUCUGUUUAUGGCCCAUAGGGCUUUGGUCAAAGUAGUGCACUAUAUAGGGAAUGGGUGACAUUUGGGAGGCACCCUAUAUGAACCCCUGGCAAGGCAACAGAAGGAGACCAUGUCAAUGACUUGAUGCUCUAUCUGAUGGUAGGCCUAAGACAAUGUUUCCCAAACUCGGACCUGGGGACGCCAAGGGGUUUUCCCCAGCACGACACAGCUGAUUCAAAUAAUCAAAGCUUGAUGCUGAGUUGGUUAUUGACUCAGCUGUGUAGUGCUGGGGGCAGAACCAA